AUGGUUGAAGUUGAAGUGGUUAAGGACCAAACCGAUGAAAUUUUAAAUGAACAAAAAAUGUGCACUCUAGCUGUUCCAUCAGGCGAUAAAAGUGAAUCAGAAUUAAGUGAAGAAGAGGACGAUGGAGGAAUUUUGGACCUUUCACGUUUGGGUUGUCGUGUACAUUUUGAAAUAGACGACAAUUCAACUAAUGAAAGCGAUCGUAAAAAUUAUGAUUUUCGUAAUCGCAAAAAGUGA